AUGACGGCGCAACCAGAAGUCUCCCACGGCCGCGGCGGAGCCGGCAACAUCAACCCCGACGCCACCGAGUACGUCGAUGGCGGCAUCACGCGGCAGGGCGUCGAGGGCCCGCACGGCGACGGCGCAUUCAGCACGGGACGUGGAGGCGGCGGCAACAUCGGCGACGCAGGCACGCCACCCGCCCCAGUCCGCGCAGACAAGGACGUCAUCCCGGAAGCCGCCGUGCGCGCCUCCCUCGACAGCAACCACCACACGGGCCGCGGCGGCGCCGCCAACGUGCAGCUCACGGGCGCCGAUGCAAAGGCGACCACGGCCUCCUCUGGCGGCAAGGUCCUGGACGGCCACCCGGAGUCGACGCCCGGCGGCGCCACCCACCACAUCAGCCUCGCCGACAAGCUCAAGCACAAGCUCUUUGGCAAGAAGUGA